AUGCUCGGCGUCGGAAUUAAGGUCGAUGCGAUGCUUGUGGAUAAUCAUGGAAAGGAGGUUGAUGACCUCGCGAUCCAGUUCACCUCUACGGAUAUGCGACAUGCGAAUGUCCGAAUUGGAACCCAUAUCAUGAGUGCAAAAAUUUAUGACUUGCCCUGUGUAACAGAGGUCAUGAAAACACUGGACAAGAAGACUCUUUACAAGGUUGCCGACCUAUCCCAGAUAGUUGUCUGCAGUCACGACCUGUGCGCAGUUCCUGCCGAAGUUGUUAAAUGGGCAGUAAAA